AUGUUUUGUUUAAGAGGAAGAGGACGUUCACCUCGAGGCCGUGGUAGCCCUCGUGGAGGGCGAGGAGGAGGAAUGAAGGGUGGUAAAAAAGUUAUUAUCGAGGCACAUCGUCAUGAAGGUGUUUUCAUCGUAAAGGGUAAAGAAGAUGCGUUGGGAACUCGAAACUUAGUUGUAGGAGAAUCAGUAUAUGGAGAGAAAAGAGUAUCUGUUGAAAAUGACGAAGGUAGUGAAAAGGUUGAGUAUCGAAUUUGGAAUCCCUUCAGAUCUAAAUUGGCAGCUGCAAUACUGGGUGGUUUGGAUGAUAUUCAUAUUAAACCAGGAUGUAAGCUUUUAUAUCUGGGCGCUGCUUCCGGUACAACAGUAUCUCACUGUUCUGAUAUUGUUGGCCCUGAAGGAUUGGUAUAUGCUGUGGAGUUUUCUCAUAGAUCUGGUCGUGAUCUUUUAAAUGUCGCGAAAAAAAGGCCGAACAUUGUUCCCAUUGUGGAUGAUGCUCGUCACCCUCAUAAAUAUAGGAUGCUUGUUGGCGCGGUAGACACAAUAUUUUCGGAUGUUGCGCAGCCAGAUCAAGCCAGAAUUGUUGCUUUAAACGCUCAUCAUUAUUUAAAGAAUGGUGGCCAUGCUGUAAUUUCUAUUAAAGCUAAUUGCAUUGAUUCGACAGCUGCUCCUGAAGCAGUGUUUGCUGGGGAAGUAAAUAAACUCAAGGAAGAGAAGUUCAAACCACGGGAACAAGUAACUUUGGAGCCAUAUGAAAGGGAUCACGCUGUAGUAGUUGCUGAAUACCGUCCUUUAAAGAAAAAACAGGGCUGA